CCCCCUCCCCCCCUCUUGUAUAUAUAUACGCCCCAAAUAUUCACAAAUCAUCCACAGGCGGUCAAUUUUCAUUCGACUCGAUCCUACAGCACCUGCGAUCACAACUCUCCCAGUGACCACGACUAAAACACUUCCGGAUCUCUUCAUGUCUCUACCAUCACUCCCAGAAGUACCUGGAACGGAGCCAGGGCGAUGUGUACUCGAUUCUUUCAGGAUUUCGAUAGCAAAGCGAGUUGCAGAUGCGCUUGGGCCACCGCUGACGGUCGAGAAGGUUUAUGAAGGAGUGGACUACGGGAAGAAGGGUGUUGACUUUACCAUUGCGUUGCCGAGGUUUAGGUUACCCGGUAAGAUCGACGACUUGGCGAAGAAGGUGACCGAAUCGUUUCAAGCCGAUGACUUCAUCUCUUCCGUCCAACACGACAAAGCCUUCCUCCACUUCAUGUGCAACACCGCCUCCCUCACCCGCGCCGUCCUAACCCAAGUCCACACACUCUCGCACGACACCCCCUCCCAAAAGCCCGAGUACGGAUCGAAUACGUCCGGAAAGGGGAAGAAAGUCGUACUCGAGUACUCGAGUCCGAAUAUCGCCAAGAGCUUCCAUGUGGGGCAUUUGAGGAGCACGAUCAUUGGAGCGUUUUUGGCGAAUUUAUAUCAGGCGUGUGGGUGGGACGUUGUCAGCUUGAACUAUCUGGGUGAUUGGGGAACUCAGUUCGGGUUGAUCGCCGUCGGAUUCGAGAAGUACGGCUCACAAGAAGAGCUCCAAAAAGACGCGAUCAAGCAUCUCUACGAUAUCUACGUCAAAAUCAACGCCGACGCAACCAAAGACGAGUCCGUCAAGACCGCCGCUGCCGCCUGGUUUAGGCGCAUGGAGGAUGGCGACGAGUCUGCACUAUCCAAUUGGCGGGUCUGGCGGGAGCUGUCAGUGAAGAAGUACGAGGAGGAAUAUGCGAGGUUGAACGUGAGCUUCGAUGAGUAUACGGGGGAAAGUAAGGUGGGCAAGGAGUGGCAGGAUAAGGCGUUGGAGAGGCUGAAUGAGAUGGGGUUAAUCAGCGAUAUUGAGGGGGCGAAGUUGGUGGAUUUGGAGAAGUGGAAGAUGGGAAAGGCGGUUUUGAGGAAAAAAGACGGAACGUCGAUCUACCUCACUCGAGACAUCGGAGGCGCCAUUGAGCGAUACGAGAAAUAUAAUUUCGAUAAGAUGAUCUACAUUAUCUCCUCCCAACAGGACCUCCAUGUCUCCCAAUUUUUCAAGAUCCUCAAGCUCAUGGAGUUCCCCUGGGCCGACCGUCUCGAACACGUCAACUAUGGUCUCGUCCUGGGUAUGUCUACCAGGAAGGGCACGGCUGUGUUCUUGGACCAGAUCAUCACGGAGGCUGCGGCGGUCAUGCAUGAGCAGAUGAGGAAGAAUGAGGAGAAGUAUGCCGCUAUCGAGGAUCCGGAGUACACGAGUCUGGAAAUCGGUAUCACCGGUAUCAAGAUCCAGGACAUGGCUGCCAAGCGAAUCAAUAACUACAACUUCAGCUGGGACCGAAUGAAAUCCUUCGAGGGCGACACCGGUCCCUACCUCCAAUACGCCCACGUCCGUCUCGCCUCCGUCGCUCGCAAAAACCCCGAAAUCUUCCCCCUCCCACCUCCCUCUGAAAUUGACACUUCCCUUCUCAUCGAGCCCGCCGCUCGCGAAAUCGUAUUCCUCCUCGGCACAUACCCCGACGUCGUCAAGACGGCGCUCAAAACGCAUGAGCCGAGCGGAGUGGUGACCUUCUUGUUUAGGUUGAGCCAUGCGAUCUCAAGUGCGUGGGAGACGGUGGUGAUCAAGAGUGAGGCGGAUGUGGAGAAGAAGAAGGCGAGGAUGUGGUUGUAUCUUUGUGCGAGGGACGUGCUUGGGGCGGGAAUGAGGCUGUUGAGCAUUAGGCCGUUGGACAGGAUGUGAGCUGUGCAGCAUAUAUAACGAGACGCUCGUGCAGUGCGACUUGGCGGUAGAUAGACUGAAGACGUGUCUGCGAAGUGCUAAUUUUCUUGUACUUGAUGCCAGUAGUUUUUAUUAGACGCGCAUCAUCUCAAUGUUGCUUUCGACUAGGACGUUUGUCCCACAUUGGGUACCAUCAGACCUGGGUUAUUCGUGGUCAAACCAGUUUCAGACAGAUGCUGGCAAGUACGCACGCCGCCAGUUAGCUGGCUGUAACCGUCUCAUACAGAGGAGAUGACUGGGAAUAU